AUGUCUUCAGCCUCGACUUCUCUCAAGGUGAUUGUCGUCGGUGGCGGCAUCGCCGGGCUGUGUACAGCUAUUGGACUGCGUCGCGCGGGCCACCAUGUGCACCUCUUUGAACGCACCGAGACAGCCACGGCCUUUGGCGCCGGGGUCGUGAUCGGCUACAACGCCUCCAAGGUGCUCACGUCGUGGGGGCUGGACUAUGCAAAGUAUAACAUCAACCCGGCCGAGACGUUCAAGAUGGUCAAGGGCGACACGUUGGAGGAGAUGAUGAGUUUCCCACCGGGCCUGUACGAGACGCUCGCGGGUGGGAGUCGUCAAUAUUACGCCCAUCGAAUCGAUCUCCAACAGGCUCUGCUGGGUCUGGCCACUGACCAAAAUGCACCCGGAACGCCCGUUACCAUCACCUACUCUGCUGAUGUGGCCGCCUAUGACCCGGAGGAAGGGAGCAUCACGCUCAAAGAUGGUUCAAGGUACCAGGCGGAUUUGGUGGUGGCUUCAGACGGCGUGCACUCGCUUGCGCCGCACUAUUUGCUUGGAGGGUCGGAUGCCGCCGCCGCCUACGACAUCUCGCACACAGGCACCACCAUCAUCCGGUUCAUGCUUCCCGCCUCGGCCAUCCUCGCCGACCCACAGACCGCACAUCUCAUCUCCUCGCCAGGGCAGUUCACCUGGUUCGUCCACCCGGACCGCAACCGCUGGCUCCUGCAAUAUCCCGUCCGCGACAACAGCGAGAUCAACUAUGGCAUGUACUCACGGAUAACAGCCAAUGAACAGGUCACCGAGCAGGUGCAGCGGUUCAAAUGCAACCGCGAGAGUCUGCAUCGGGAACUCGAAGGCUUCCACCCGGACAUUGGGAAGCUGGCGGACAAGACGAGCGAGAUUCUGCCCGUGUGGAAGCUUGCGGAGAGACCGCCGCUGCCGACGUGGUCCAAAGGCCGACUCGUCGUGGUGGGCGACGCGGCUCACCCGAUGCUCCCGAACCAGGGCCAAGGUGCUGGUAUGUGCAUCGAGGACGCCGGCGCGUUGAGCGGCCUGUUUACCGACAUGCAUGGAAGCAGGAUCGAGGACAUCACAGAGAGGUUGGAUCUGUUCUUCAACCUGAGGCACCCGAGAGCUUCGGCCGUGCAGCUCAUCAGCCAUUGUCCGUAUUUCGAGGAUGCCGUGAGCAUCAUGUGGGCAGAAUUGAUCAAAGUGGCCAAGCCACAAGACUUGCCCCGCGCCAACGACAGGAACAACAUCCGAGAGUGGCUGUUCGCUUAUGAUGUGAAUGCUGAAGCAGCAAAGGCCCUCGAGGCAGAUGGUCGGCCGGACUUACCACUUGGGAACGCGAUUGUAUCCUGA